GGAACUUUGAGGAGCAUGAAGGAGAGACUCAUGAAGCAGGCUCCUGGGGAGAGAGAAUUGCUGCUGUGAGCUUGAGGAAAGUUAGCUCGAUUAAAUAAUUACAGGACAUACAAUGCUUGGAGUACAGCAGUGGAGGAAGAACUCCCUUGGAUCCAGGUGGACUUUCGAAGACAGGUUUUGCUCACUGGGAUACAAACACAGGGAGCCUAGCAGUUUUUUAAGUCCUUGUACAUCCAGAAGUAUUUUCUUGUUUACAGCAAAGACAAACGGACAUGGAACACCUUCAAAGGAGACAGCUCACCAACAGGAAAGGUACAUCAGACUCUACCCCACCGAGUUCUACAACAGGCCUACUCUUCGCAUGGAGCUUCUGGGCUGUGAAGUAGAUGGUUGCUCUUUGCCCCUUGGAAUGGAAAGUGGAGAGAUCAAGAACACCCAGGUAACAGCCUCAUCUACUAAGACAUCCUGGUUUAACACGUGGGACGCUUCACUUGCUCGUCUCAAUCAGAGUGGAAAGAUGAACGCCUGGCGAGCCAAGUGGAACAACAACCAACAGUGGCUGCAAAUCGAUCUCCUCACAGCUAAGAAGAUCACUGCUAUUGCCACACAGGGGGUCACGUCCAUGUCAGCCAAAAACUUUGUGAAAACCUAUGUUCUUCUGUACAGCAACGACGGCUCCGAGUGGAAAUCCUACACAGAGGGUUCAAGCUCAGUGCCAAAGGUUUUCUUGGGUAAUGCAAACAGCAAUGGGCACGUCAAGAAUUUUUUAAACCCACCCAUCCUGUCCAGGUUCAUCCGCAUUGUUCCAAAAACAUGGUACCGUGGGAUUGCCCUUCGGGUAGAACUCUAUGGCUGUGAUUUUGGUGGGGGUCUGGCUGUGAAAAGGACUGACAGGUCUGGGAGCUCUUAACCUGCCAGCAGUCAUCAUGCAGAACAAGAUUGUUUGCUAAGAAACCCUAAAAACAGUCAUGCUUAGUAGUUUGGAUGUGUGCUUCGUCAAAGGAACAUGAUGUUUUACCAGCGGGAUUGAGAGAUUUCCCUGGCAGGUGUUUCAUUCCCACAAAUACACAGCUCAGAAAACAGCUUCUUUUCUCUGGGAAGGAAUGGUAGUCCCUUCUAAUUAGUAUUAUCCCUUCUUCGUUAUAACCAGUACUCUGUGUUACUUUUUACUUAAUUUUAAAUCCCAGAUCCCUAGGAAUGGAGACUCUGGCCUUGAUCCUGAACGCUGACUAGCUCCAUUUUGUAACGCUUUUGCAGCACAGACGAGGAAUAGAAAGCUAUAGCAGGUGGGUGUUCUGAGAGGGAACGCCAGUGCUGAUCUGGAGCUGUGGUGCUGCAUUCCAGCAGUGCCUUGGUGAGAAGUGAUUGCAGGGGUGGCCUCUCCUCCACGUCUUUCACCUGCACUGUGGCAAAGGCAGGACGUGUCUCAGCACUGAGGUAUGCACAGCCCCUUCUCUGGGAAUGUGUGCGGGCAUUGUCGCUUUGGUUCUCGCAUACCCAGCACGCCUGAACGCUGUGGAUUUCACAUAAUUCACCUGCAGUGCCCCGGCGAGGACAAAGGGGGUCAGCAGUGCCUUUUCCAUCCCAGAAAUGAGAAGGGAUCCGAUUUAACCCGGCAGGUCAUGGAACAGCAACGGGAGAACCAAAAUGAGAAUUCAGAACUCCGGAUGCUCAGUCCCACAAACGCUUUCAGACUGUUGGGACAGGGAGCUCCCUUGGUGAAGAAAGCUUUGAGAACUGCAGCUGUUCAGUGGCAGCACAGCCUGGGGGUGGCAGAGGAGGAUUAGGUGAAACUGGGUGACAGAAACAUCUGCAUCUUCUCUUACAAUUUAACGGUGUUUACACUAAUGGAAAUACUCUUGUGCAUAGAUUUUACAUGGAUUUUUUUUCCCAGGAUGACUACAUCUGAAAACAGAUACCCAGUCCAUGAAGUCAUUAUUCCAACAGAAUGUUAGCUAAGCUUUCAGUAGUGUUCUGGGCUUCUGUCCUGUAAAUUGUUUAUUUGCAGCACUUCACUUAUCACACUAGUACCAUUCAGCAGGCCGGAUUUUUAAAGUAAGUUGGUCUUUGAACCUUGGAUGGUGUUAGCCAGUUUUA